AUGAGUGACCAAAUCAACGUUUUGUCAAUGCAACAACAACAACAGCAGCAGCAGCAGCAGCAGCAAGUAUAUAUGUCUCCUCAAGCAGAAAACUUGAAUCAUAUGUACUUGUUAGUUAACAAGCUAGUGAAACAGUUGAGGGAAAAUCAAGCAGAAAAGGCGAAAAUACUAAGGAACAUAGACAUAUUAUCCGGAAGCUUAAACAAGUAUGAGACAUCUGAAGAACCUCACGAUACCACGGAAAAUAUUGCAUUAUUUAAUAGAUUUCUAGAACAAAGAGGGAAAGCUCCUAUUACUGAGAAAGAGCAACUAAGCAACAAUCUGGAUGAAAAUGCGAAAGAUGACGUUAUGCUAGGAGUGUUGAAGCGCCAAAAUUCAAUGCUCCGGAAAAGUUUACAGGAAUCCAAGCAGGUAACCCUUGAAUCCAUGGAUUUAUUGUCUUACUCCGAAGACUCUUUAAAUUACAUUGUCGCCCAAUUAAGAGGAAACAUUCUAAUGCAUCAUAAAGAGACUAUCAAAUUGAUUAGGCAGAAAUUCCAGACGGAGACAAUUCCCCUCGAAGAUGAAGAGUUCAAGAUGUAUUUGGAAAAUGUUAAUGGUCUGCAAAAAUUGACAGAUAUAUCUCACACUUAUAGAUUACUACUGAGGUUACAUGCACAAGAUUGA